AAUCGAUAGUUUAGUUUUGAACAUUACUAAAUUAUACCGAUGCUAAAUUUUUGCUGCUGUCGUGAACGGAAGCUUUAUUUUGGGUAAAUUGUUGUAUUGUUGGAAGUAUACACCGUUUUUCGGGAGGAAGCAAGGAAAGGAGUAGAGAUAGGUUUACUACACAAAAAUUAAUCGUCCUUAUAAAGUGGUAUAUAGCUUGGUAUUAAAAUGUCUGAAUUGCAAUCCUCUUUGCUGUUAAAAAAACAAUUAGCAGAGUUGAAUAAAAAUCCCGUAGAAGGAUUCUCGGCAGGAUUGAUUGAUGAGAACGACAUAUUUCGAUGGGAAGUUCUCAUAAUAGGACCUCCGGAUACGCUUUAUGAAGGAGGGUUUUUUAAAGCGCAUUUGUAUUUUCCGAAAGAAUAUCCUCUACGUCCUCCACGAAUGAAGUUUGUAACAGAAAUUUGGCAUCCUAACAUUGAAAAGAACGGAGAUGUAUGCAUUUCUAUUUUACAUGAGCCGGGCGAUGAUAAAUGGGGAUACGAAAAAGCAUCUGAACGUUGGUUACCAGUGCACACCGUUGAAACGAUUUUGAUAUCUGUGAUAUCAAUGCUGGCUGAUCCAAAUGAUGAAUCUCCAGCUAAUGUUGAUGCUGCUAAAGAAUGGAGAGAGUCAUAUCCGGAGUUUAAACGAAAAGUCGCUAGAUGCGUAAGGAAGAGCCAAGAAGAAUGUUCAUAGAGAUUUGCAGUUUGUUUUUUAUAUAUUUAUAAACAAUUUGGUACAUUAAAAUCAAUUAUUUAAUUUUUGUCACUUACAUGGAUAAAAUCUCUUUGGUGACGCUAUUUGCAAAAUUAAAAAGCUGUCUUCAUUUUUAAA